GACUUCGUACGCCGGAGCCUGGAGGGUUUCAGAACACUUUGCGGAAAGAGGCUCUCCAUCGCUCAGACCCGCCAACCUCCACUCGCUCGACCUUCCACGUUGGUGCACUGCCGAUCGGAGGUCUCUACCCUUGGACAGACGGAAUUAGAGGUGGAAUCCGCUCCUAUCAGGCCUGGGAUUUUAAAAGACGAAGAGCUCACGCCCUCACCGACCACGGGAAGCCGAACCCAGACUAAGACAUUGCAUUAGCACAACUUAAUACCACUUUGUGCGUCAGCCCGUGCUAUACGUCCCCAGAUAGUGAAGCAUGGCACAUCAAGCGCACGCUCUGCCAUGGCAGACGCUCGCAGACAACUUCAAGUUCGUUUACGCCAACACGAAGUACUAUGGACGCACGAACUUAUAUCCAUGUCUCAAGCCGGGCCAGGGUAAACAAUUGCAGCACUUCGCGAGGGUAUUCGCCCGGCUUAUGGACGACUUCUCGGCCCAGGAGCUCGAAAAGUACCCAGACGAACUCACGCCGCCGACGGAUGACGAAAUAUUCAUCCCCGAUAGCACUGUAAAGCGAAUCUCGAAGACAGUGAAGUACUACAAAACACCCAAACCGCGGAGCACCUACUCGAAUGAGCCAAAAGAAUUGCGACUAACAGAGGCGGAGCGCAAACUACCUUACUGGCUCCUCAAUAUCCGAGAUGAUGCCUCCUAUCCUAAGGACGAAGUCCUCGAAUGCGUCGAGCUCCUCAAAACACUCGUCUCAUAUGGCGAAAUGGAGCCCUUGAUGCGGCUAGCCUCGCAUCCCGCAGUCCACCUACAGACUAUCUGGUCCUUUCCCUAUGAUAGAGAUAUAGAACACGGAUGGACCGAUAUCAAGAACUGCGCGCUAAUGGCUUACCUCUGCCUCAACAUGUUCCUCGUCAAGCCUGAGCUGUACGAUCCCGCGUCACGGUCGCAGAAGUUGAAUGAGAUGAGGAAAGCGCGCUCUCCGGUGUAUAGUGGGAGGCAAUGUGAUUACCGGAACACAAGCUCUUACCAGAAAAUGCUGGUGCAUUGUACUUUCACACGAUCGGACAGCCAGUACGAAGUCUGCGCCCUGCCGCAUCGCGAAUUCUUUGGCAUAGAACGGCACAUGAUAUCGACGCCGAACUGGAAUGGACUUGCAAAAGCCCAAGUAGGUUACGGCCCAUGGUCCGAACUCCUCGACGCCAAGUACCGCUCCUGGUACGUCCCGAGUGUCUCGGAUAUCCCCACCGUCGUCUCCAUUAUGAAGCACUUCGUUCCCACCGAACUCGCUCUGCAGAUUCUCGAGCACGCAGACUAUACCGCGAAGAGACGAGUCCCCGUACCCAACGACCCUUUGCACAGAGAUAACGCAGAGGAACUGAAGAAGUAUCUGAGCUACUGCUGGAAGGUCCUAGCGAGAGUGGAUAUGCUACUAAAGGCGAACGGAAAAUGGAUCGACUGGGAGUACGAGGUGACGGAGUGUAUAUACGAUCUUUGGGGCGUGCCGUAUCCGAAAAUGUGCACGACUAAGCAGGCCUGGGAGAUCAGCGGGAGGAGGGAGGGAGACAUCGACCCCAGUAGGGUGCUGAGGACAUUCACAUGAGAGAUGUCCCAGUUGGGUGUUUUAGACGAAGUCUUAUUUUGUACACGUCUUGCGGUACAGUUUGGGGAU